AGUCACUACGGUACAUGUUAGUUUGAUGCUCCGCUCAGCGAGGAAGGGGGAGCAACUUAUCAUUGAUAAUCUAAUCACAGAGAGAGGAACCAAACAAAAACUACAUAUGUUGUCUGCCAAAACUUGCACCCUUCCUUCCCAUUUCCCACCACCAUGCCAUUGCCGCAUCACACUCGUCUCCGCUUCCUUUGGCCGCCGCAGUCGCAGUCGCAGCCGCAGACGCCUGAACAAACUCUCCGCCCCUACCACUACCACUCCCACCUCCAGCUCUUCAGAACUGAAACUGGAAACCAUCAUCGACCUCACUCACCUCACCACUUUCGAAACUCUCUUGGAUUCCAAUAUUCGGCGAUUCGUUUCAUCAGGCAGAGACGCUUACCGCGAUUUGCAAACCCUGAUCACUCUCGACGAUAACCGUAGACUCGUUGUUUCGUGUCGCCCUUCCACUUUGCAUUUCGUGGGAACCUCAGCGGCUUUGAGCUUGGUCGCAUUUUCUGUUUUCAGGGUUUUGGUCCAAUUGGUUUCUAGGUUUUGGUCUUGGCGUCGAAACGCGUCUAGCUAUACGCCUAUGGUACGGAGGGACCGUAGUCUCGGCGGGAAAGAGGUCGUUGUUGGGUGGGGCCAGAGGAGCCUUCCCAAUCCCAAGGUCCCCGCGAAUCCGUUAUCGCCGGUUCAGUCCUCUGUGAAGCUCUCUUCGAAGAAUAAGGUUCGGUUCGAAAGGAAAUUGCCGAAAUGGUGGCCAACUGUAAUCGGUGGUGCUGUUUUCGACGUGAAUGAACAGGAGGAGUACAAGAGGGAGGCUUACAGAGUGGUUCGAGCAAUCAUCAACAGUAGAUUGGGCGGAAAUGACAUCAUGGAGAAUGAUAUAAUUCAAUUACGUCAACUAUGCAGAAUUUCUGGUGUACAAGUGUCUGUUGAACCAACAAACAUUCGGGAUUCCUUGUACCGAGCAUCUGUUAACUUUGUUUUAAAUGUUUGCAGCAGUGCACCAACUUACUCUACAUCAAUUGAUAUUAAUGGUGAGGAUGCCCUGCAAUUCCUUGCUGGAUUUUCCGAAAACAUUGGUCUUGAAAAUGUUCGUGCUGCAACAAUUGUGUCUGCAGCAGUUGCUGCGCGUACACGCUCUUGUCUUCUUCAGGCUUGGGCUCUGGAAAUGCAAGGAAAAAAUGUUGAUGCUAUGGUAGAACUGUCAAAAAUAUGCCUUCUUCUACGAAUAUUUCCUCCUGAGGAAUCUUCACCUGAAAUGGAGAUGGUUAGUCGGGGUCUGGAGAAACACUUGAAACUGGAACAAAGAAAACAUCUUAUGUUUCUCUUUGGGAAAGUUUGUGGUGAGGACAGUCACAGGAUUGCAAGAGAAGCCCUUGGUUUGAUGCCACAGUAAGAAGUCUUUAUGAAGAAUAUUCCUGCAAUGGGGGUGUUAAUAAUGUGAAGGUUAUCCAGUCUCAAAAUAUAUUUUUGGUUCUUGGCAUGUUUAGGGCUUCUUAUUCUUUAUUUAUUUUGUUAUCAAAGUUAGUGCUUUUGUACAUUUAUCGUGGACUUUUCACUUCGCACUGAAUUAUAUUCUGCUCGUGUAUGAUGGUAAUGAGCCAUAGAACUCAGCAAAUUUCCAAAAGCAAAAGCGAAAGCAAUGUUACUUAACUGCACUGUUGAAAUUAAGCUUUACCUUUUUUCAGUUUGCUUGUUAGUUGUCUUGUGUUAUUUCUUGAUUUGGAAUGUCAAAUCAUGUAUGUUAGAGGCAAGUGUGUUUUUUCCCGUGUUUUUUUUUUUGGCCACUCAUUCAAUCUGUUCCUCCUCUUGUGUAGAUGGAUUCUCAAAAUUAUUGCACUGAUCAACUUGAAGACAACAUAGCACCGUGAAAGAUUAUCUCAGCCUGCAGAUUCGUUCAAAUAAAAAAAAAAACGAAAAGAAAAGAAAAUCUUCCUACAGACUGCAUUUUUUUAGAAUAUAUAUAAUUUAAUUUUUCACUUUAUAUCUGUUAACUCAAUAAUAUUUUGAUAAUUUAUUUUAGUGAUGUGAAUU